AAUAGACUGAAAAUCAGGUAGUACAUAUUUUACAGAAGGGUUUAAUGCUGUUGUAGAAAAUAACGCCAUCGAACAGAGUCCUUUUUUGAGUAGAUAAGUUGCUCAGCUAGCCAGAAAUUACCCAAAUCGUGGAAACUAAAUGUUUAUUGCUUUAUUCAGAAGAGAUUGCCGUUGGUCCCUAUCAAUAUAUGAUCGCAUUAUGACGCAUUCGUAAGUGUCGUGGGUAUUGGCGUUAUGUUGUUCACAACUCACGUAUUUGUCAGUCCGUUGACGUGUCAUCUGUCGGAAUAAGACAUAGUACCGCUGCUUGGUCUGUAGUAGGUUUAUGAUGAAUUGGGGUUAGAAAUAUCACAAAAUACUGCACAAAAACGACGUGGAAAAUCAUUGAAAAAUAAUAAAUUUAUUCUUAAAACCGAGAAUGAAAAAACAAUAAUGGAAUCAGCACCCGAAGGCCUACACCGGCAGUACUAUACGGGUUAACCCACGCCAAUCGUCAAGUAUGAAACUUAAUUUAGAAAAACCCAAACGGCAGUGCUUGGAGUGCAUCCAGAAGAGGCUGGUAAAAGGUAGAACAAGGGAAUGGGAGGCGUAUGCAUGCACCAAAAGGCAGGUUCAAGCAACGAUCUGCGGCCACUGGUUACAGUCCGGCAAUCACAGGUCCCGCAAGCGGUACAUCGUCUCAGAGUAGACAGCAGUGACAAAAUAUCGAAAAUAAAAAUCAUGAAAACCCGUCCAUUCACUCGCAUUAUUGUAUAUGUACAGACGGAGAUUGCUGAGAUUACGUUACUACAGACAAUGGCGUCAUCAGGGCAGCGAACGGAAGAAAUGCUACAGUGGCAAGAUACUUCUAAGAACAUUCAACAGAAGUUAAAAUGUCUGCACUUUACAUAGCAGUUGUCCUGAUUACAUCAGCCUUUAUUCCUCCAUCUCUUGGUCAGGGGUAUGGUCCUUUGCCACAUAAGGCUAAGAAACAUCAUAGUACAACUACAACGACUCUGCCACCAGAUAUUGCUAGCUUGAACCUUGAUGGACAGCAAUAUCAACCUGGGUUCAUCAACCCAAUAAGCAGCACACCUGUUCCAGACAACAGCCUUGGUUCUUAUAGUCAGCCAGAAUCAAUUUCCCAGGGAGCGGGCUCAUAUUGGUGGCAGAACUCCAAUUCUCCUUUCAGUGGUGUGAGUGCACCCUCACCUGCUCAGCAGCCGCCAGCACGGCCGGGUGGUUGUGGUGAAGCAGCUGACGGGUGUGGAACUGGGUCAGCACCCAUCAAUAUCCAGGGCAAUCCCUUUCUGAGUGGUUUGAAUCCACCUAUUACACCUUCAAAACAGGCAGUGGCCUGCAGCGGGGCUGGAUAUGUUUGCUCUCCAAAAUACCUGUGCAUCAAUGGAACAGUCUCAGAGGAUGGACAGGGGACCUUCGAAGUGCGAUCAGAGGUACAAUACUGUGAUGCUACCUCACAGGUAUGCUGUCGCCUCCCUGCUGGACCUAAUGAACCCUCUGUUUGUGGUAGUUAUGGUUCAGGUGGUAACUGUGGUGGAAAUCUGCCUGCUUCUCUUUCCCCUUCUCAACCAGGCAUAGUACAUGUCACCCCCUCCCCAUCUCAGUCAGGAUUAAUCCAUAUCACUCCAAGUUCAAACCAGCCUCCCUCUGCUGGAAACAUCAAACCAGGAGAUGGACUUUCUUAUGUUCCGUAUUUUCCAAGACCAUCCUUCCCAGCCAGUGGAGUCCAGCAUCCCAGUGCCAGCAUCCCAUCAGCAACAUAUGCUCCAGGCAACAACUUUGGACAACCAAUUCCUGGCUCUAAUGGAGUGCCAAUCGGAGGAUCAAUUUAUGACACUGAUAGGCAUCCCGUGACUCCCGCAACCAAUCAGAGUCCAUACACAGGACCUCUCAACACUACUCCACAUCCUGGCUGUGCAGCUGCAUUAAAGUGUGUUCCAGAAUCAUACUGUACUGCAGAAGGGGUCAUGGCAGAUCAACCUGUCAUACUUACCAGAGACCAGUAUGAGAACAGAGUGCCUCUGUCGGAAUGUGCUGAUCCUGACACUGGUGCCAUUGGUAAAUGUUGUCGAGAUCCCAACUACAAGGAUCCCUGGCCAGGUGGCAUGAUGAAGAAUAAUGAUGGCAAUGAGCCUGAAGAGUGUGGUGUAGGAUCCUCUUGCCUGGAGCCAUACCAGUGUGGUAGCCAAUACAAGAUUCAGCCAGCAAAGAGCUGCAGAAUACUUUUCAGUGGGGCAUCAGGCAUCUGCUGUUCACAUGAUCAGCCUGGAUUCCCUGAUCAGCAUCCAGGUGGAACAUUCAUUCCUGGAACCACUCCAAUCUCACAGAAACCUGUCAAGAAACCUACUAAUGGUUAUUCUCAGCCAAAACCAGUUAUUCAACCAAUCCCACAACCAGUUCCAGCUCAACCGUUCCCACAGCCGUCUCCAUCGUCUCCCCAGCCAGUUGCACAACACUUUCCUUCAUCUCCUCAACCAUACCCACAACCAGUUCCAUCUUCUCCUCGACCAUUCCCACAGCUAACCCCAUCGUCUCCUCAGCCAGUUGCACAGCACUUUCCUUCAUCUCCUCAACCAUACCCACAACCAGUUCCUUCUUCUCCUCAACCAUUCCCACAGCUAACCCCAUCGUCUCCUCAGCCAGUUGCACAGCACUUUCCUUCAUCUCCUCAACCAUACCCACAACCAGUUCCUUCUUCUCCUCAACCAUUCCCACAGCUAACCCCAUCGUCUCCUCAGCCAGUUGCACAGCACUUUCCUUCAUCUCCUCAACCAUACCCACAACCAGUUCCAUCUUCUCCUCGACCAUUCCCACACCUAACCCCAUCAUCUCCUCAGCCAGUUGCACAGCACUUUCCUUCAUCUCCUCAACCAUACCCACAACCAGUUCCUUCUUCUCCUCAACCAUUCCCACAGCUAACCCCAUCGUCUCCUCAGCCAGUUGCACAGCACUUUCCUUCAUCUCCUCAACCAUACCCACAACCAGUUCCAUCUUCUCCUCGACCAUUCCCGCAGCUAAACCCAUCAUCCCCUCAACCUUAUCCACAAUCAAACCCAAGUAAUGAAUUAUCCCCUCAACCAACUGUACAGGUAUCAGAGCUAGUACCUAGUGCACAACCUCCUACAUACACAAAACCUGUUAAAUCAGUACAAUCUCAGACAGAGUUGUCAUUCUCUCAACCACAUCCAACACUGCCUCAAUCACAACUCCACCAUCCUGGAUCUCCUAAGCCAUUCUUUCAGUCACAUUUCCCUGUGCCUCAGCCUCAAUCAGGCCAACCCUCAAGACCAUCGACAGGAUAUCCCCAAUCAGUCGGAGAGUGCGGGAUCAGGAGACAGGUAUCAAGGCAAGGCUUGAGUGAAGCAGAUGCAGGAUUUGGUGAGUUCCCAUGGCAAGCACUGGUGUUGUUAAAUUCAAAUCAAAGUGCACUGUGCAGUGCUGCAGUUAUCUCAGACAACGCUGCCAUCACAGCUGCACAUUGUCUCCACAAUGUGGAAUCAAGUGACAUACUUCUCGAAGUUGGGAGAUGGAGGAUACUUUCAAGUGAUCAACCGAAGCCUGUCCAUGUGAUUCAAGUGGCUGCCAUUGCCCGACAUCCAGAUUUUGAUGCAAGCUCCCUGUUUAAUGACUUGGCUGUGCUCAUUCUGGACAAACAGCUAAGAUUUGAUGAACAUAUUGACAAGAUCUGCCUGCCACCUAGAGGCCAGGAUGUGUCUCAGUUCCAAGGCGCAUGUACUGCUACUGGCUGGGGAAAGAAGGCUUUGCAAGCAAACAUUCCUGGAAGCAUUCUCCACCAAGUACCUGUCAGGCUGAUCCCUCACUCAGCCUGUGAGGACACUCUGCGAAAGACUCACCUGGGGCAAUACUUCAUUCUGAAUCAAAGCUUUCAGUGUGCUGUACCAACUGCACCUUCACAAGAUUUGUGCAAGGUUGAUGUCGGUGGACCAAUCGCCUGUGAUCGGGGAGACGGACAUCAUGUACUGAGUGGUUUGUACAGUUGGGAUAUUGGCUGCAAUGUCCCUAACAGUCCAACUGUGCUUGGUGGCAUAGAUGUUGCCUGGAUUGAGAGCAUUCUGGACCGCCCAGUGGAUGAGCUAGUUAGGGAUGAACUAAAUGAAAUCCUUAAGCAGCAACAACAACAGGAUCUGGUAAAUGUUGACACUGAGAGUAAGCCAGGCUUCUCUCAAGGAUAUGGCAGGAAAUAGAUAUGAACUCAGGCUUUAAAAGAUGCGACUACUCCUGCUCCAAUUGAUAGAUGAUGUGGGAAUAAGUGUCUAAUCCACAUGCUGCCCUAGUUUCAAAAAUGCCAUAAUUAUAUAAAAGCAUAAUGUAAACUUACACAUGUCCUUUUGAUGCAUUAAUUUCACUGGUCAAUAAGUAUAAGAAUUUAGGAAUUCAGUUCAAUUAGGAAGUAUGUAACCAUUCAAACCAUUAUGGGUAUGUGUGAUAACAGCAAUGAACAUUUAGUCUGAAGAUUUCUGUCUUCUGGGUUGUUGCACUGUGUAGUCUGGUCGAUGUUAAUCAACGUUUCAGAGGUCAUACUGCCUCCGUUAUCAGGACGAUAUUCAUCGCUCUGAUGACAGACUACACAGCGCAACAACCCAGAAGACAGAAAUCUUCAUACUCACCGCUGUGAAAACCUCAAAUCUUACAACAUUUAGUCUCCUUAAGAGUGGAGAACUUUUGGGGCAGCUGUUAAAAGAAGAUGGUAUAUUUGGAGUUAGUUAAAAGUUAGUCACUAAAGUGACUGUCCGCACAGUGGAUGGCUGGAGUUCAAUUACUGGAAAAAAUAUUGGGAAUGUUUAUUUUUAUAUUUAAAAUGCAACCAUGACUUACCUAACCUUGUACACAUUAGACGCUGGGAGUGGACAUGGCUGGGCAUGUAACUGGCCACUCACCUUCACUUAAUAUGCUGAAAUAAAAAAUGUAAGCAUUUUUACCUCAGUGUAAUUAUAUGCUUCUGUGCUGUACAGAUAUAAUGUAUUAAUUUAUCUUCUCACUCAGUCAUUAACAAUACUUGCACUCAGAUUUCUGACUCUCGCUCUUUUGUGUUUCAAUUGUUUAGUCAUAAUUUUUACACCAUUGUUGGUAAAAUAACCAGAAUACUUUACACAUCACUCAUUGAUUUGUCAGUGAACGAAUAUUUAUUCUCAAUAACGAUGCACUGAUUUUUGCAGUGUAACUGCAACCAUUCUAGAAAAUGUAGGAGCAUUAAUUCUUAACAUCUCAUAACUUUCAUGGAUAUCCUUUGAAUUCAAAUAAUUAAAUGGCAUAUCAGGAAUAUGUAUUCUAACCAUGGUCUCUUGUUCAUGAUGACCUGGACACUUUUUUAAAAUAAAUAAAUAAAUUAAAAAAAUAUUAAAGCUUUGAUUUUUAUAGAGGCCCCUGUUUUAUGGAGGUUCCAGGAUGACUGACCUGGUCACUUGCCCUUAAAUUUGACCCUGACAAAUUGUAAACCAAUAUUUGUCCACUUGAUAAUGAACUGGUUUAUUUUUAUGACCAGUAACCAUACAUAAUCUCAUAAUGUUCUCCUUAUUUAACCUUUAACAUAUGGGCAGCUAAGAUUUUAUGCCUUUAAUGCUGGCACAAAGAUAAAUUUUGAGCUGUGGAGACUUCCAGUUAAAAUGCACAGGCAGAUACUUUCCUGACUGCAUGAUAUUAUUAAAGCCCUUCAUUCUGACAUGUACAAAACUGAUCCAAAUUUUUGUGUAAAUUACAAUGUUGCUAAAGCAAACAACCAUGAUUCAAAAACUUGACCCGUGUACCAACUGUGAGGAUAAAGGAAUAACAUUCAUGCAGCAACAAGAAAGUAGUGUCUCACAAAUAGUUUAAUUUUUCAAGAAUUGGUGAUUUUUUGACAUUGUCUUUAUCCCCCCCCCCCACCAAAUUAUGAUGUUAUUAAAUAUGUGCAAGAGUCCUAUUACAUAGAACAUAUCAGAAAUAUAGUAUGUUAUGGUAUUCUGUGCCGGCCGCAGUGGCCACGCAGUCUGAGGCAUGGACCUCGUGCGCCUGGCUGCUGGGACUGUGGGUUCGAGUCCUACUCUAGGCAUGGAUGUUUGGCCAUGUCCCCUCUUCCAGUCUGGUGGGUAAGACUGGCCACGGAAGGCAAGGUGAAACUUCUGUGGUAUCUUCGCAAGUAAGAGCCCUGUAAUGGGGCUGCAAACCAAUCCUAGGAUUGAUGACUACAAAAAAAAAAACGGUAUUCUGUAAUUUUGAUAUAAAUAUUACUAAAGUGAUGAACAUUUAUUGAUACACUCAGAAAUAAGGAAGUUUUGUUUCAUGGAAUUGCAGGAGUGAUUGGCUGCAUUGGUAAGUAGCAAUGUGGGUUUCUGUUUUGUAGUUACUUGUUCUUUGAGUACUGCUGGUAUGCACGUAACUACCAGGGUUGUUACACAAGUUUCUUGUGUGACCACUUGUAGCUGUUAUAUUUAAGGUGCAUAUGGCCAUUCUUCAGAUAUUAUUUAAGUCUGCUUUGGUAAUAUUGUGUACAUUAUUUAACAGAACUAUAGGUACUAUUAUUAUUGCAUAUUCCAUAUCAUGAUACCCAGUUUAUUUGUAUUGGUAUAGUUAAGUAGGGAGCUGGGGCAGCUCAGUCAGCAGUGACUGGAUGACUGAUGUUCGAUUCCAGAUGGGCAGAGGAUUUUUCUUUUAGUCUCUGCGUUCAUACCGGCUCUGGGUCCCACCCAGCCUCCUGUCUGAUAGGUACCGGGUUCAUUUCCCCGGGGCUGAAGUGUGGACGGGGCAUGACACUGACCACUCACCCCUAUCUAGAGCCAAGGUUAAGAAUGAAUAGGAGCUAUACUUCCUAAGGCCUCUCCCCUAAGUGUGUACAUGGUUUUACUUUUUACUGUAGGUAAGUUAGGCCUAGUUCUUUUCCUCCUCCAACCAGAAGGAACUUAGUUAAUGUAAUUUUUUUGUAUCCAGGAAUUUCAAACAAAUGUAUUAUUAUUUUAA